GUUAAAAUGAAGUACAAUAUCUUGAAUUUGUAAUCAGCCAAAAAUCCAAAAUGGCAGCCUCUUAGUGUGUUUGUUGUAUGAUAGAAUUAGUCUGCUACGCCUACAACUUUACGCCGUUCACGUUUCUUCACACAUAUUCGUACAGUGAAAAUGGCUGAUCCUGGAGAUCGAAAGACGAAAAAGUCUUUUGUUUCACAAAGGCAGAUGAGAAACAGAAUUAAUGCAAGAUUGGAGGAUUACGUGAGAGAUUUUUCUGACAGCAACCUUCAGGAAGGCAUCCCAAGUGAGAUGCAGCAGAUAGUACAUAAACCUCCAACAAACGCUGCAGCUGAGCAAUUGGUCACUGCUUAUUAUGUCAAUCCGAUUUCACCAAAUAAUUUACCUGCUCCCUCUUGUGAGCCUGUACGCAAUGAAAGUAGUGACUCUGAGCAAGCUCAUGAACAAAUCGUCCCUGAAAGUUAUGAUGAAAACAGCUUUGAUGAUGAAGAUGUAAUUAUUAUCAAAAUCAAUACAUGGAUAGUCCCUUGUUUGUACGGCAAUCAGAAAUUAAUUUAUUCAAAUCAGUACCCAUAAAUGAAUCGACUAUUGUUGUCCAUC